AUGGUUUUAGAAUUCGAAAAUGCUGAAACCCUGCUGAUUUCUGAGGUCCACAUGUUGCUGGAACACAGGAAAGAUCAGAAUGAGUCUGCUGAAGACGAGCAGGAAUUCUCCGAUGUCUUCAUGAAGACCUUGACUUAUACCGACCGGUUUCGGAAAUUCAAAAAUAAGGAAACCAUAUCUGCAGUCAGAAAUUUGUUGAUGCAGACUAAAAAACUUCACAAAUUCGAGUUGGCUGCCAUUGCAAACCUAUGCCCAGAAACUACAGAGGAAGCAAAAUCUCUCAUCCCGUCUCUGGAGGGUCGUUUUGAAGAUGAAGAACUGCAAGCAAUAUUGGACGACAUUCAGACCAAAAGGAGUAUACAGUAUUAGUAUCGAAAUAUCAAAGGUUCACUUUAUUAUUAUCAUUUAUUAUUAAGAUUGGGUAUCACAAGAUCAGUUAGGUAGUCGACAUUCAGAUCGACGAUGAUUAAAUAACAUAGUAUAUUUUUUCCAAUUGUUUCUUUUACAAUCUCAUAGUU